UGACACAUUAGUACAAGAGAGUGGAACACCGUUCGUCUUGUGAUUCGCAGGAAAGUGGGAUUAAAAUGUCGUCAAAGGGUGCUCAAGUCAUCUGCUUCGUCCUUUUCAGGCUACUGCUACCUGUCACAUUAUUGGCAGCUGCUGUAGUACGUUUUAAUGCACUCUCCUUUCUGUAUCUGGUAUGCCUGCUGGUCACUCCUUUGCUGCAAUAUCCUAGGGAUGUGUCUAUGCCAGGGAGCACAGGGGCAUUCCUGAAGGUGCUGGUGGCUCUCAGCUCUUUGACGUUUGCAGCACAAGUCUCCUUCCAGAUAGCUACUGUAGCCAGCGACACUCUCCGUAACAAUCUGGUCAAUUGUUCUAAAGUUGAACAGCUUUCUAGACAGCUUGGAUUUCAGAGAGUGGAUGGCAUACCAGUUCACCAUGCAGUUCGUCUCAUUAUGCCAGAUAUUGGAGUGUUUGUGGUAGCAGUGGUUGUCCUGGUAGUAUGCACCAUUAUUUUGCGAAGGAAGUCAGAUGCAGUUCAAGAGCCUCGCAAAAGAGUGACCAGCUUGAGACGCCAGAAGGCACUGAACUAUGCAGUCACUGUUGUAACAGAGGUCUUUGUGAUGGUGGCUCUAGCUGCAAGUUCCAUCAUGAUUCCAUCUAUGCUGGGUUCUGUUUAUCUGCUAACUGGUCUGGUUCUGAUGGUCAUGUGGGCAUGCUACGUGCCUCUUGGCAGAUUAGGCCAUCUCCGUAUUCCACUGCUGAUUUACACUGGCUGCCAUAUUUUGCUGCUACAUCUGUACCAGUUCCAGUUUUUUCAAGGCUAUGUUGCCCCAUCUGGCCUGGUGCCUAGAUUGCUAGGACUUACAGGAGUGGUACGCACAGACUGCGCUGAAGUAUAUGGUGUGAAUUUCCAUUCUGAAGCAAACUGGCAGAUGUUCAUCAACCCAGCAGUGCUUCUUCUUCUGUACUGGAUUCUUGCCUUUGAGACUUGUGCUUGGUACAGGAAGAAGUGGCUGCCACUGAAUGAAGGAACAAGUGAAAAGAAAUGGACAAAACACAAGCGAGAACUCAAUCCUGAACGGCAGGUACCAAGACCCAAAGACCUGGAAGAGAAGUUGGGGUUGUUAUGGUCUCCCAAGAACCAAAAAUAUGAUAGUGAGAUUCCGCUUCAAUCCCGGAGAUUAACAAAUAAGUCUACUGGUAGCCUUGUAUUCUCUGGAUCUGCAUAUGGAGAUGAAGAGGAUGAUCAGGAGCGGCUGGUGGAGGAACUGGAGGGAAAUGCUAACUAUAACAGCACAGCUCAGGCAGCUCAGGCAGCUCAGGCAUCGACAUCAGCAAACCAGGAAGAACAAGAAGACAUUGUUGUGGCAAGUCUGGAGAGACCAAGAAGAAAGUCUAAACGAUCCCCUAUCAUGUCAUUCUUUGUCUACCUUCUGAAACAGAGCUACAUUAUUACACUUAUUGUGAUGAUGGGAUGGAGUAUCAAGUUCCACAGUUGGAUGGCUUUUGUGCUGCUGCUGGCUGCCUGUCUUCUGUGGAUGAUGCCGAACUCUCGCCGGGCCACACUGGUGGCCUCCCCUAUGCUUGUGCUGUAUGCAGUAUGCCUGUUCCUGGCUACCUACAUCUACAACAUCAACCUUCCUGAGUUGCCAUCACAAUUUGGCGAGGUGCAAGCCCGUGAAAUAGGACUAAUACGAUCGAGUGUAGCACCAGAAGACCUUGCUAUUCAGCUGUGCUUCUUAAUGUUCUUCUUCAUGACCCUGCGUCAGUUCAUGCAAGAGCGCAGCUCGCCUAGUGAAGGUGCUUUUGCUGACAGCUACCAGCUAGAGUCUCGUGAAGAGCAACAGCGCCCGAGCUUUUCUGCACAUCGGCCAUUUAACACCCAGAUUAGUGAAGCCUAUGACAGCUACACCAUUCGUGUGUUGGGGCACUUUUUCUGGGUAACCAUGUGCAAAUACUGGAUCUUCGUGUGUGCAAGCAUGCUGUUACUGAUAUCAAUUCAGGAAGUGGUCAUCUAUCGCAUCAUCUACCUGAUCUUUUUUCUCCUAUUUGUUACCACAUUCCAGGUCUCGUAUAGCUUGUGGCGAGCAUUGAUGUUCAUAUUCUGGUGGGUGGUCAUUAUUUAUUCCAUUGGAAUCCUGAUCAUGAUCUACACGUUCCAGUUUGAAAAGUUUCCUGCCUACUGGCAGAACAGCACUGGCUGGAAUAAUGAAACGCUGGCGGACAUUGGCCUAGAGCAGUUCAACACUACAGACCUCUUUGUGAAGCUGUUGACACCAACCUCAUUCCUCAUUGUCAUCAUCCUACAGGUCCACUACUUCCAUAAGCCCUUCCUGCAGCUUUCUGCUCUUGAUAGGUUUAGGAGUAAAGACACACCAGAUGUUUGUCAAGCUCCUGAAAGAGAUACAGAACUCUCGGCCAGCCAGACCGAGACAGAAGCAGACGAUGAUGAGAAAGAGACACAAAAGAACCAAUGUACCAAGCGUUUCAGCAAGAAGCUGCUGGUGAUGCUGCCUGUAUUCAGCAGAAAGCUAUCUGUAUUCAUCAGUUUUCUCUGGCGCCUGGCUGAGAUACAUAUUUUUAAACUUGUUAUCAUCAUCACCAUGUUUGUGGCUGUUCAUCAGGAGGAAGUCUCUGGAGUGGCAGCAGUGUAUGUGCUGCUGAUCGCCCUGUUACUUCCAUUCCUGAUGACAAGACUGCAUCUGGUUCUUUCACAUCUCAUCCUGAUAUGGACUUGCAUUGUCAUCUUAGCCAAAACCAUUUUCCAGCUCAGCAUGGUCAAUUUUAAGUCUGUGGAGGAUGAUUGCGCAAGUCUGAACAAUUUAUCCAAUGAGAGCCUUCCUUUGAGGAGCUUGGAUAAUGCUGUAUGGCUUGGGUUCAGGAAGGUCCAGAGGUCACCCUCAGAGCUUGACAGUUAUAUUAAGCUGUACAUACUACUGCUGGCUGUUGUGUUGCUGGAAUCCAUCAUCCGCUACCAUCAGAAACAGCACUACAACUCUGUGGGCAGGGCAGAGCUGCCUGUGGGUAUUUUGUUUCCCCUGAUUCAGCGGGAGGAAGCAGACAGAAGUCUUCUAGACUGCCUAAAGUUCUUUGCUAACUACACCUUCUAUAAGUUUGGUAUGGAGAUAUGCCACAUUGUUACGGCCAUCACCGUGUGUGUUCGGCUGGAUGUGUUUGCUGUGUUCUACACAGUCCUGAUGAUAGUAGUGAUGGUCUUACGACGUCACACUGCAGGCAGAAUCUGGUGGAUCUACAUGGCCAUCCUUGCUAUCCUUCUUCCUCUUCAGUACCUGAUGGCGCUGGGUUUUCCUCCUGCUGCUUGCAUCUGGUACCCAUGGCAUGCAACACAAGUGGAGUUGAUCAUGCUUGUGCGCUGGCUGUAUUUGCCUGAUUUUCUAAACACCACUCCAACCUUGGUUCUUAUGGCGGACGUGGUGCAGCUGCUGUGUGUAUGCCUGCAGUGGCGAGUCUUUCGUCUGGAAUUGGCUGCACACACCAGGAAUGAUUACGGUGGUGGUGACAAUGAUGAGAUUCUGCCUGAAGUUGAAGCAAACUUGAAAAUACCUGUUGAAGAUUUUACCAUCACAACAGGCUCCUACCUAGAUGUAUGUAAGCUAGCUGUGAUGCAGUACAUGAUGUGGGUGACCAUGGCCGUUAUCUUCAUCACUGGCAUCACCCACAGAAGCAUCUUCAACAUGGGCUACAUGAUUGCUGUCUUCUGUUUCAUGUGGUAUGGAAACGAGUUUCUGCUGAAACCUCUUCGCAAGCUGCUGCGCAGCUGGAACUUGUUCAUUGCCUAUUGUGUGGCAGUCCUGUUUAUCAAAUCAUUCUUGCAGCUGGCGGGUUGUGUGUAUAUCAAACUGCUGUUCAAGAACUACUGUUGGGUGGUUCAAGUUAUGGGUAUUGGAUGCAUCCUUACAACGAAGGAUAUUGUCAUUGAGGGGGAUAUAAAGUGUGAUAAGCCUUUGAAUGCCAGUGGGUCAGAAUGGGAUGUUGUAUGCUUCGGCUUCCUGCUGAUUCAGCGUCGUAUCUUUUCUUCCCACUAUUUCCGCCAUGUUGUUGACCUACUGGAAGCUCAAAGCCGCCUUGCCUCAAGGGGUGCAGAGUUGAUCAAUCGUAUAUUAGUGCAUGGUGUUACACGGCAAAAAGAGAAGGAGGCUGAGAUCCUGGAAGGAAUCAAGAAGAAGAUGCAUGCUCUGAAAGAGCGUCAGAGCAAAUUACGGAAAGACUACCAAGAACCAGAGGAGCACUUCCAAGCAAUCCGCAGUGGCGAUUACUAUCUAUUCCAUGAGAUCAAACACUCCUCUAGUGUUGAUAAAAAAGAAGUGACAACUAGCAUGACCUAUGGACGAGAAGCUUUUGAAAAGGAGGAAGCGGUUGUGGGACCUUUUCAGGUCAUUCACACAGCAAUUGAAGAGGGCAAAGAUGCAGCUGUGGAGAAGUCCAAGCAGGCUGAGGAUGCGGAAGUACCUGAGAAACUCACUGAUGACAUUGGGGAUGAAGAAAAGAAAGAGAAAGAUGAGAGCUGGGGCACCCUCCUGAAAGCCGUCAUCAGCAGCACCUUUACCUACCUCAUCCAUGUGUGCAACGCUAUUUCCCGCAACUACCGCCUUGUUGCUCGCAAGCUGCAAGCAGAGCUCAAGAUUGAGAAAGAAAAGAUCUUGUCCAGUCACAUACAGCACAUUUCUACCUCAGUAGAAUUGAGCUUAGUAGACCACAGCAGACAUGACCGAAGCUGCGUCAAUCUCAGCUUCUCUAAAGGAGAAAUCGAAACCAUUGCAUCACAGGAAGAGAAAAAGAUAACUAACAUCACUGAGGAAAGUGAUACUUUUGGUUUUGCAACAGGGCCAGAUGACUUGGUGGAGGUGUCAAUAGCACCAUUAGCAGAACGUUCAAAGUCCAGAGAGCUUCAGGCAGUCACAAUGAGUCUGCAUGAGCUGGAGGCACUAGAAGAAAAUCGCCAGCGGGAGUUUGAGAAAAGCCAGCCACAGGCAUUGCGGUUACUGGUUGCAUUUGGUUAUGUCUUGGUGUCACACUCAGAGUUGCUGUGCUACUUCCUGAUGAUUCUUGAUCAGAUGUUGUAUAGCAGUCUUCUGUCACUACCGCUGCCUCUGAUGGUCUUUCUGUGGGGCAUGUUGUCUGUGCCUCGUCCUUCCAAAACGUUCUGGAUCACCGUCAUCACUUACACUGAGGCAGUUGUGGUGACAAAGUAUUUGUUCCAGUUUGGGUUCUUCCCCUGGAAUAGUAAUAACACAGAAACAAGUCCUUUCUUUCCACCCCGAAUUAUUGGCAUCGAGCAAAAAGAUAAUUUUGCUAAUGUAGACAUUGCUCUUCUGCUGGCUUUGUUUAUUCAUCGAUCAAUCCUGAAGAAAUAUGGAUUGUGGAAGGAUUCACAUGAUAUCUGUAAAGACAUGGCACAAGCUGAAGAGAACAUGAGCCAGCCGGCCUCUCCAAAAGGAAAUGUGAAUGAGUCAGCUCAUACAUAUGAUAAUGAACUGUCUACUACACAGGAAGGGGGCUCCACGAUGGAGGUGAGCUCAUCUGAUGAGCAAGUAAAGAUGAAAGCAAAUGAACAACCUAACAGGAUAAAGAAAGCUUGCCUCUUCCUGUUUGAUCCUUUUGUUAAAUUCUUCCACAAAGUGAUGCACUCCACCUACAGUGCUACUGUGGAUGUGUACGCACCAAUGUUCAUGUGUGACUUUAUCAACUUCUUCAUUGUGGUGUUUGGUUACAAAUAUUUUGGCUCCCAGCAACAAGCAGGGGAUGCAGAUGUGACGAGCUACAUCACAGAAAACAGAAUUCCAACAGCAUUCCUGAUUAUGCUGCUACUACAGUUCCUCUUCAUCAUCAUUGACCGGGCCCUCUUCCUGCGUAAAAAUGUUCGAGGCAAGCUCAUCUACCAAAUCUUCCUGGUCAUCCUUAUCCACAUCUGGAUGUUCUUUGUUCUUCCAGCAGUCACUGGCAGGGCAUUCUUCGAUAAUGUGGCAGCACAGCUAUGGUAUUUUGUCAAGUGCAUCUAUUUUGCACUGUCAGCAUACCAGAUUCGCUGUGGCUAUCCCACUCGCAUCCUUGGCAACUUCCUUACAAAGAAAUACACAUUAUUCAACAUGGUCCUUUUCCAAGGCUUCUUGGCAAUUCCCUUCCUGCUGGAGUUGCGGGCCUUAAUGGACUGGAUCUGGACCGACUCGACUCUGGCCAUUGGAAACUGGCUGCAGAUGGAGGACAUCUAUUCAAACAUCUUCAUCAUCAAGUGCUGGCGAUACCAUGAGAUGCAUUACCCAACGCCAAGAGGUGUCAGAAAGAAUGUAGCCUCAAAAUAUGGAGUGGGAGGUUUUAUGCUGUUCGUGAUCAUCCUCAUCAUUUGGUUUCCACUGGUUCUCUACACUUUUGCCUAUGAAGGUUUCGAAGUGAACCCCCCUAAGGAAGUGAGUGUUAAUCUCCGGAUUGAUACAUAUCAGCCCCUGUUCCAGAUGACUGUCCAGCAGAACAUACGUAAUGCAAAAGAGUCAGAAAUCCAGGCGCUGAAACAGCAUUUCUUGCAAAAUGAGGCUGCCAUUUCCUUUUUGAACCGAUUUGAGGUUCCUGACGUCACUGUUGUUAACGUGAGUGGGCAGUCCACAGCUAUAUGGGGCAUAAGUCCCCCAUCCCAGGAUUUGAUGAUAAAAAAUUUGGCCUCGGGAAAUCCAGUCCAGUUAGAACUUUCAGUGACUAUCAUAAGGUCACCUACAAAAGAUGAAAGUGGAGCAAGCAGUAUCACACAGUAUUUUCUACGGACUAUAGAAGAUCCUACAGCCUUGGCAGAGAUCAUAAAUGGUACUAAGAGAGAACAAUUUCUGAUCAGAGCAGUAUUUCCAAGGUUCAUUCAACUUACAGCAGGUCAAGUGAGACCAGUUGUCUCAUUGCUCAAGGGACAAGAUGGAAUUGGUUACACAGACAUAAAAAUAAGUCUGGACGGGCCUCGUGUGGACAACAGUUCAGUCAUGCAGUAUUGGAGUCUUGAGGAAGGCAUCUAUGACUAUUCUCCCUUCAACAUGGACAAAAAAGUCCAGGUCUUUGUGCCCAGUCUUACCUUUAUUACCUUCAAUGACAGAAAGGCACCUUCUACAUUUGCUACCUUAGUUGGAUAUGGAAUAACAAGCUUGUACAUUGGCUCCGUGUUUGUGAUCUCACAGUUUAUCCGACGACUAGCUUUCCUAAAUGCCAGUUACACAAUAAUGUUUGAUGAGCUUCCAGACGUAGAUCCCAUAUUUGAGCUCCUAUGGAAUAUUUGCAUUGCACGGGAGUUGAAAGAGUUCAGGCUGGAAGAGGACCUAUUUGCUGGUUUGCUCUUCCUGUUUCGCUCACCAGAAACAAUGAUACGAUUUACUAAGCUUAGAAAACUGGUCAAGUUUAAAGGUGACUGAUCCAAAUGCUGAACCAUUUCUAGAGUUACUUGUAACUUGUUUCUUAACACGUGGAAGAUGGUACCAAUCUGUUCAUAUUCUGAUCCAUUUUUCAGACAAAUACAUUUUAAUCUUUUUUUUGGAAAAUUUCCCUUCGUUCCUAAGUUGUAUAACAUUUUGUGUAAUUGCAGUAAGCUACUCCAUCAAAAAAUAUUAAUGCUUCCCCAAAAAACCAACUUUUGCUGGUAGACAAAAGUAGUUUGGGUCAGUGUUCAUGCAGACUUCUGGCCAUAAAAAUAACUCUGAUAAAUAAAAACAAUAUUCAAGCAAAUAAAGUUCAGGAUAUUUAUGUCUGUUGAAAAAUGCAUGGUUUGUACAAUUUGUGUUCAGCUUUAUACACUUUAGAGGUAGUCAUGCUUGGCUGGCUUUGUCUUUGUUCUGUUAAUUUAAAACCCAUUUUCUGCGCUUACCACUUAACAUCCAUUAGUCUCUGCGCACACCAGUUUCUGUGCAGCUAUAUCUUUGAGCAUGUAAGAAUAAACUAACACAAGAGAAACUGUUAUUAAGGAUGUAGCUUUUCUCUGUGUUUUUUUUUCUUUUUCAUUUGGAGUGGUAGGUAUUUCUGGUCCACAGUGCAUUCCUGCUGAUUUAGCUAGUUGAUAGAAAAAAACAGUACAUUCUAUAAUAAUAUUUAUCAAAGUUUUUAUUCUUUAUUCCAGCAGGCUUCUGUUUUUGUCAUUUGUCACUGUCGCUGUGUGAGGUGGACCUGCUCUUGUUGCUGAUGUACAAAAUCCACUAGAGACAAAUAUUUUUAUUUCUGCAUGGUAUUUGAUGCAUUCUAGUUGUAUACAUGUCUUUUUCUUUUCUGUACACUCCUAGUUAUAAAAUAUGUUUAUUACCUCAUACAAAAGCAUAGCAAUUUGAGCAUAAGUGUUCUUUGUUUGACUAAAGAACUGAGAGGUUUGGAUUUUGCAUUGGCUUUUUGGAACAGUGAAUUAGUGAUACUCCACUAGUGGAGUAAAGCUGAACUGAGGAAUGGCAACUUUUCACAGAAUGAAACACUGCUGAAGAAGUAUUCUUUUAGCAAUAUAAAAGCCAAAUGAUGCUUAUAUUUUUUAGACAGGUCACAGCAUUCUGUGAGUCAAGGUCUUCACAUAUAUCCUUUUAAUGAGUAGCAUGGUAUAUAGCUCUCAGCUAUAGAGUUAAUCACUCUGAAGUUGAGUUUGUGCAUUCCUUCGUUUUGAGGGAAAUAUUUGCUGAUUCACUUUCAUGAACAUUGUAACUACAAUUUGAACUUUUCUUGAAAGCUGAUGUGAGUGGAAUGUUAUUUCCAGAGAACUUGGCUUAGUUCUUCAUUAAAAAAAUUUAAUUCCAAAAUAUGAGGAAACAGCUAGGUCAUAUUUGCAAACUGAAGUCUUUGAACGUUCACUGCAAAAUUUGUCACCUUCAUUUUGCCAAAACCCGGGUUUGCCUUUCACUUAGGUAGGAGAGCUCUCUUUCAUGGUAGUGCAUCAUUAACCCACUUCGAAGCUGUCAUUUUGACCGUGAGUGUCAUAGACCUCGGCAUUAAUGCUAUGCUCCUUGUGGUGCCGAUCAUUCCUGUGCUUAAGAAAGGUUAUCUUUAAAAAUCCAUGUUCUUAUAAUAAACUAAUGACGGUAAAUUUCACCUAAGAUUGAGUUUGAGUCAGGUUAGCAUAUACAGUUUUGUUGUGUGGACAUUUUCUUUUCACAUUUUAAGCAGUAUUAGAGCCAAACUUAUCUUUACCUCUUGAAUUGAACUUCGUGUUGUGUGGUUUCAACAGAACUUUUAGACUGCAUGUAUUUCCUAUUGAUCUCAUUUAAUGAUUUUGGCAUUAUCAGCAUGUGUUCAAGGUCACGCUGGUGCUUCUUCACUGCUUAUUGCAUUGUGAACUGUGUAUUGCCAUUGCUUGUGAUAUAUCUUUUUUUUUCUUGCUGGCAUGCUUUAAUAUUUUGCUAGAAUCAUGAGAGGUUAAUAUCUGGAGGGUUUUGAAAACCGAAUGAAUGCUUUCUUAUGUUCAGGUUAAGGGUUAUGUGUUAGCAUGACUUUGCAAACUCUUUUGGCAAAGGAUUUGAAGAAAGAGUCAAAAUGUUGUUAAAGAGAUAGAAACAAGCAUCUACAUUGGAAAUAUUUGUAGAUCUGCAUCUUAAGAUUUUAAAUCCACCAUAGGCAAUGAUAAGGCAGUAGAUACCAAUGAAUAGAUGUCUGUCCUUAUGUCUACCAACUCCUGUCUGCAGCAAAUAAAACUGCAUCUUUAGAGAAAAGGUUGACUUAAGAGAUGAUCACAGUGACACAUGCCCACUUCAAAUUUUUUCUGUGCUCAUUUCAGCAAAUUGAUUGGCCUAAGUCUAAUCUCUGGUUAAAAAGGUGCUUCAAUUAUUUUUGUCAGCUAUAUUUGUUUAGGCUGGUCCCUUUUAGAUAAUUUAUAUUUUAAAGAAUAGUUUGAAAAUCCUGAUUAUAGUCAUCUCCUUAAUAAAAGCAAUAUUGUCAUGAAUGGUUUAAUAUUGAUGUAAUUGUGCCUUUUGUAUUGAACUGGAAGAAACUACUUUUUCCCCUUCAUACUGUGUAUGAGGUCUUUUGAAGAUUCUUGUACUUUGAACUGUUAUCUUUGAUGUGAGUGCUGUUGUUCCAGUCAUGUUUGCUUUUUAAGGUUUCAGGAACCUCACUCCUUGAUGUAUUUGUAUGGACUGGCGUUAUUUGUAACUGUGGUGAGACACCUCUUUUACAUAUAAGAUUGUAGUGAUUCCUGUUAGAGAUUUUGCUAUUUCUCUUUGUGAUUUGUUGCUGUUUCUGUUGUGACCAUUUUCAUUUCUCAUCCGGCGUGAUUUAGAAUCCCACUUAAGCCUUACUCCAUGACAAAAGUACACAGUAUGUGUACAUUGCAGGCCAGAAAUUGAUGAUGAUAGAAGCAGUCAAUACAUCCAAAUCCCUCCUAAAAUUAUCCCCACCCCACAUUUUUUUCCAGCUUUGUGUCAGAAUAGAAUGAGGGGAGGGGGUUGCUGGCUGGUGAUUUUUUUUUUUUUCAUUUUAAAUUUACCCAUUGUACAUAAUAUGAAACUACAGCUAUAGCAUUUCUUAAAAUUGGGCAUUACAAUAACAGUGUGGAACACUUGUCUGGUAAUGGAUAAAAUUUUGGGGAGGAGAUUUUGUUUCUGUUGGGUUAGUCCUCUAUGCUCUCACACUCCCUUUUCAAAUGACAUCUCUGCAUUAAAUUCGGUGUGCUUCUGACUUCCUAUGUGGAAAUUAUAGUCACCUAUGCAGCAAGUGAUAAUAAAUUUUUGCAGAUGAGUCAAGGAGAUUUUGAGAGCAUGGGAGUACUGGGAUAUGCAGAUUCUGCAGGUCACAUCUGAAUGGAAUAUGCAAAAUUACUUAGCUGAACACCAGUACUCUGCGAAUGUAUCUUUUCAGCAAACAAAGUAUCUAAAAGCACAGAAAGCAUUACCUUUGGGGGCCAGCAUGCUUGAUGUCAUCAGUAUCAACCCUAAUGUUCCAUUUUCCCAAAGUUCUGAGAGUUCCACUGUUUAGUAACCUCUUUACCUUCCUUACACAUUUACUUUGCUGUCAUAGUUGUGUCGUAUUACAUGCUAUAAGGUGCCUGAAAGACUGUGCAGUAUUUAGAUUGCAAAUGUUAAAAAAUAAUGUUUUUUUAAAAAAUUAUGUAAAGGAGAAGUAUAAGGCUAAUAAUGUGGCAGUAUAGCUCAAGGAAAAAUUUUGUUUUGGUAGGGAGAGAUUCAGUCAAGUUCAUUUAGAUAAGUUUUUAAAAUUAGUUUCAUGGCUGGAACACUAUUAAUUGCUUGUUACAUUUUUUUCAAAACAUAUUUGUUUUGUUCUUUUAAACAGAGAAGUUAGCUUGAUAAGCUUUCGCACUUUUGUUUCAAGCAGAAUGCAGUACAUCAUUAUAGUUAUUCUUUGCUGCAGUUUCCUGUACAAAUGAAUUUUCUAGCCAUCUACCAGCGAGUUUGCAGUCUGAUUUGAUAGAGCACCACAUAUAUAUUGCUGUGUGUAUGGGCCAGAUGUAGUAAAUGUUUGAACCAUAA